AUGUCGGCAGCUGCCAAAGCUCAGGCUGAGAAGAAGGAAGAGCCGAAGGUGGGCGAGAAGCGAAAGGAUGAGACGGGCACGGAAGAGUCCAAGCGCCUAAAGCCCACCCCACCCGACAGUGCAGUGGUGCGGAAGCAGGUGGAAUACUACCUGAGUGAUGAGAACCUGAAGUACGACAAGUUCUUUCAUGAAAAGAUCGCUGAAAACAAAGAUGGAUGGCUGGAUCUGACGCUGAUCCUCCAGUGCAACAAGAUGAAGACCAUGCGUGCCACCAAGGACGACGUGGUGGCAGCCCUGAAGGAGUCCAAGAUUGAGAUCAACGAGGACAACACAUCGCUUCGCCGACCUGGAAAUGCGGCGCUGCCGACUCAUCAAAAGAAGAACUCCUUCCAUGCGCACGACGGUGGAGUUGUGACCAUGUUCAAAAGCGUCCCGGAAGAACAGCAAUGGGCACAAGUCAAGGCAGCAGUGCAGGAGAAGCUCCCCCCGAAGGUGAGUCUGUGGCACGUGGGCCAAGUCAACGACAAGCACGAGUGCGCUAUGGUCUGCGCGCCCUUUGAUGGGGACAUGACCUUCUUUGAGACCCUGUCCAUUGAGCUGGGAGGAUCCACUCUGAAGUGCGAAGUGUGCUAUGGGGAUGUGUUGCAAAAGGCCUUAAAGGAGAUGCCGAAGCACAUCCGCGACAAGCGCGAGCGCGAGUCGCGCAAGCGGCAGAAAGAAAGGAACCGUCCAAUCAAGUUGGGCACUUGCCAUUUCAACAACGUCGCCAUGCUGAGAGGACGCGUCAAGGAAAUCCUGAAUUCGCGCAGCGAUGGAGAGCAGUUGAAACCUGAUGGCAGCGACUUCAAACUGAUUAAGAGCCUUUUGGAGUUCCACCCAAGCCCAGACAAGAGCAAGGGCUUAGUUGGCAUCAAAGUGGCUCGAAGUUCGCAUGGUGACAGCCGUUGCUUCUACAUGAUCAGGGAGGAUGGCACGGAGGAGGACUUUAGCGCCAAGAAAUGUUUGGAUGCCGUAGAGCAAAAUCCGCCCUACGUGCAGCCGGAGGAAAAGACAGGUGACAAGAAACCCCAGGCCAAGGCAGCAGGGGCGAAGAAGGAAGAGCCAAAGGGUGCUAAGGAGAAACCUGAAGAGAAAAAGGCUGAAACCGAGGAAGAGAAGAAAGAAGAGGCCAAGGAAGAAAAGGAGGAAGAAAAGAAGGAAGAAAAGAAGGAAGAGAAGGAGGAGGAAAAGAAGGAAGAAAAGAAGGAGGAGGCACCUGAGGCCAAGUGA